AACUCAACCCUCAGUGGUCACCUGAAGAUGUCCGACAAUGCAGAGUCCCCAACAGAAACGCAAAAAGAGGAGUCACAACCGCCGUCAGACGACUCGACGACAAACGAUGAUAAGAAGAAAAUUGACGUGCUGUUGAAGGCAGUUGGAGACACUCCUAUAAUGAAAACAAAGAAGUGGGCAGUGGACAGGGGGAGGACGGUACAGUCCCUUUCUCAGUUUAUCUCUCGCUUCCUCAAGCUUGAUGGCAGUGAACAACUGUUCAUAUAUGUCAACCAGUCUUUUGCCCCCUCACCGGAUCAAGAAGUAGGCGUCCUCUUUGAUUGUUUUGGCAGCGAUGGAAAGCUGGUUCUACAUUACUGUAAAUCUCAAGCCUGGGGUUAAACUCUACAACUCCUCCUUUCUUAAAUCUAUCCUCCCAACAUGCACACCUGUUUUUUCUCCAUUUUUGGCAUUUUUUCAGUUUUUCUGUACAUACAUAUUGUAAAUAAAUUAUUGUAACUA